AUGGAAUUGUAUAAGCUGGAAACAGUUCAUGUCGAGAAAAACAGGCUCCUUAGAGCGCUCGGAUGCCAUGACGAUGUCACCGUCUUGAAGAGUGUUUUGGAUUCAACGAUGGAUCGUCACAUGUUCCGUAAGCAAGAUGUCGCAAGGGCAUACCAAAUUGUUGCAAGCAAUCGUCAUGCUGGUGAACUCGUGUUCAAUUACCUCUUCGAGCACUGGGAUGAAAUCCACUCAAGUUAUCCAUUGAGAUAUCGGAUACAGGAACGGAAUCAAAACUGA